AAAGACGUAGCGAACAUGAGCGGAAGAGGCAAAACCGGAGGCAAGACAAGGGCGAAGGCCAAGACUCGGUCUUCCAGGGCUGGACUGCAGUUCCCCGUUGGUCGUGUGCACAGGCUGCUGCGUAAAGGCAACUAUGCUCAGCGCGUGGGAGCUGGUGCACCCGUCUACAUGGCUGCAGUGAUGGAGUAUUUGACCGCUGAGAUCUUGGAGUUGGCCGGUAACGCCGCUCGUGACAACAAGAAGAGUCGUAUUAUCCCCCGUCAUCUGCAGCUGGCCGUGCGUAACGACGAGGAGUUGAACAAACUGCUCGGUGGCGUUACCAUCGCUCAGGGUGGUGUGCUGCCCAACAUUCAGGCUGUGCUCCUGCCCAAGAAGACCGAGAAGUCCAAGUAAAUUUGUCCCCGGCUUCCCUGAACACAACGGCUCUUUUAAGAGCCACCCACACAUCCCGAAAAGAGCAAUUUUCAAUGUCUGACAGAAAUCAUAAUGAAACAUUGUAAAACAAAAAAUGACUUGUUCAUAUCAGGGAUAAUGGGGAUGACCCGUUUACUAUCGCUAUCUCCAAAACGCUGGCAUACUGAUCUACACCGUUUAGCCUACGUAACGGCUAAGUAAGAAUGUGUCAAGACGCUCAAUAUGUGAGACACGGGAAGGGAAUAGCUUAGCUAUGAUUAUUAAUACAAAGACUCGUUGACUGCCCAAGUAUGUUUCCCGCAUUAGACGCCAGCAGUUUGUUGCCAUGCAUUCAUUCACGACUACGGUGCAGCUAAUAUAGGUCCUACACAUCUUGUGUGUUGAAUGCAUAUGCAUGUUCCAGUUGAAAGUGUUUCAGAUACGUUUCAAACACG